AUGCCUCUUUAUAUAAUAUCAUUCAAUGAAUAUUAUCGUAAAUUAAUGAAUUUUAACAGAACAUCAUACAAUAAAUCUCAUUGUAAUUUAAUACAUUUUUAUGUAAUAUCAUUCAAUGAAUAUUAUGGUAAACCAAUGCAUUGUAACGUAACAUCAUAUAAUAAAUUUCACUAUAAAUUGAUACAUUUUAAUGCAUCAACUCGACAACAAGAUUUCUAUGAUCAAUAUUCAUCAUCAUACAGUGAUUCACAUUACUGGCAUGAAAAUAAUUCAAAUUCAUAUGAUAUUUAUGGUUCAACACUGGUGGAAAUUCCUCAAUUUCAACAUCCAUCUCAUACACUUUUACAACAAAAUGGUUUUACUCAACAAGUUUAUCUUAAAUAUAAACAAGAAUGUCUUGAUGAAAAAGAUUUUCGUCAACAUGUAUUUGAAGAUUUUCAACAUGAAACUCUUUGUAAUCAUGAAGCUGAUUUUCGUGUUGAUGGUGCAUCAUUUCCACAACAACUUUUUCCAACAAAAUCAAAUUAUAAAGAAUUUAGUGUUUUAGGAAGAAUUGAUAUUGGUUUAGAUAUUGGUGGUGGUGUGAUUAAUUCUAUACUUUAUAGUGUUGAUCGUAGUCAUCGAGCUGUUAUUUUUGAUCGUUUUCAAGGUGUUAAGCUAGAUGUUAUUGAAGAAAGAACUCAUUUUAUGAUUUCAUGGCUUCAUAGACCAAUUAUAUUUGAUAUUCGUACACGACCACGAUCUGUUCCAUCAAUAACAGAAAUAAAAGAUUUACAAACAAUUAAUAUAACAUUACGUAUUCUUUAUCGACCAAGAGCUGAACUUUUACCAAAAAUUUUUUGCAAAUUUGGUUUUAAAAUCUGUUGUACUAAGUCUCAAUUUGAUGCUAUUGAAUUGAUUACACAACGUACACUUAUUUCUCAACGUAUUAGUGAAUUAUUAAUAGAACGUGCUGCUCAAUUUGGUUUAUUACUUGAUGAUAUUUCAAUUACACAUUUAAGUUUUAGACCUGAAUUUACAAGUGCUGUUGAAUUAAAACAAGUUGCACAACAAGAUGUUGAAAAACAACGAUUUUUAGUCGAAAAAAACCAAGCUGAACAAAGUCGUCAAGCAAAUGUUAUGGCAGCAGAAGAUGAUGUUCGUGCAGCUGAUUUGAUUGGCAAAGCUUUAGAUGAAGCUGGUGAUGGUUUGAUCGAACUUCGACGAAUUGAAGCCGCUGAAGGUAUUGCAAAUCAAUUAUCAAAAUCAAGAAAUAUCGUCUAUUUACCACAUGGUCCUCAAAUGUUACUUAACAUUACUAGUGCUAUGCAAUAA